UAGACGAACUACGUCCAUACGGGGGGAAACAUGGCGGCUUACAGCAGAUUGCCCUUGCAGUUAUUUCUGUCGACACAGUCAUCGCGUGUAAUCAGCAGCAGAAAGGCUGAGACUGCCACAGCGAAACAUUUAUAUCCACCGGUUUUGCCAUCUCGAACAGCCAAAAGUAAAUCUGCGAAAAGACGGGUAUUACUUGAAUUCUUCGACCAGUUGCGUGGAGCUGACCCACAGGAAAAGAUCAGGGCCCUUACGCGCAUACAGCGAAUGAAAUACGUUAUUUAUCCUCAGACGUUUGCCUUGGGUGCGGAUAAGUGGUAUCAGUGUUACACUAAGACGGCAUACCUUUCCGGGCUUCCCGAGAAAUUCAAGACUUCAGCUGAAGUGAAUACAGACUUGGGACCGGUGGAGGAGCUGCAGUCAGUGUUAGGCGAAUGUGCAUAUUCUGAGAUACGAUCCACGGUCUGCAACGCUCUCCUUCAAGAGAACUGGUACAUGAAGAAAGGGAGAACGUUUCUUUACAGAGAGCAGGAAAAGUUUGUUGCACCUUUUCUGGCGAAUCUAGUGUCGGGUCUUGUUAACUCCUUGGUUAACAAAAAUCCUGUGCUCCGUCAGUCAAGUUUAGAUUUUGACCCUCAGGUCAACUUUUACUGGGUGAAUGGGGAGAGGAUGAUUCCAAGAGGACAUAGGAGUGGCAGAAUUGAGCCACGGAGGUUCCAAAUUGAUGACAAACCUCACAGCCAGAUAAGGAUUCCCCAGCAACUACCUGAGUUUAUGCCGCUUGAGGCCGAGAUACCUGCUGAGGUACCGUUAAUCCAUCUUGCACCCGACUACCUCCCAUUGUUCCGAAGGCAAUAUGAUAACAACAUCUCUACAGGUGCAAAACUGAAAGACCCAUGCCAGUACGGUCACACACAGUUCCAUCUGGUCCCUGAUAAGUUCCACAUUGACAGACUGACAAAGAAAAACCUUGCUGAUCACAGUGAGGUAUUUCAGAGGGCAAAUGCUAUCGCAAGUCUCUUUGCAUGGACGGGAGCACAAGCCAUGUAUCAGGGAUUCUGGAGCGAACAGGAUGUGAGCAGGCCAUUCACGUCCCAGGCCGUCAUCACAGAUGGCAAGCGCUUCUCGUUCUUCUGCUACCAGCUCAAUACGCUAGCCCUGAGCUCACUCAACAACCCCGACAACCCACGGAAAAAUGUGUGCUGGGGCACACCAACCAUGUGCCUGUACGAGAGGCUCACAGACACAGACGUGCUUGGCUGGGAUGAUGCCGUACUCAAGCAUCUUGUGCAGUUUUUGCUGAAUAGGCCUGUGAGUUAAGCCAGGGGCUGCCCACUUACAGAAUGGUGGUGGGUUGUUGCAAGUUAAAGGUAAAUAAAUAUGCUCUAUGCUACCACCA